CAACUCAAACAACAAAUAACCUCAAUUCAUUAAUUUAUCACAACCGUUUCCUCAUCUCUCUCUCUCUCUUAAGUCUCAAUCUCUCUAUUUUGUCCAUCUCUAAAAUUUCACUUCUCUUCCCAUCAUUUGAGUUUUUUCUUUUAUCUUAUCUCUCUCACACAAACUUCCAAACAACUUUCUAAUUUGAACAAAAGAAUCUCCAAAUCAAACUAUUUUAAACCUUGCAUUUCUUUGGACACUUCUAUUCAACUCUACCGUACACCGCAUCUCACCGGAUCUCGCUCCGUUUUUUUAUUUUUAAUUUUGCAGUUUCUAUCUACCGAGCUAGUAUGAGUCAACUCGGUCUCAUAUUACAUGAAUCGCUCCGUCCUCAAAGAGAAGCAAGAACCUUACUCGGUUUAUUAACGGAACAAAUGGACGCUGCAGAUUCAUCAACAACGAGGAGACGUAGUCUUAAAGAACGGUUCAGAUUCACCGGUAUCGGUGGUUGCUGUGGUGCCACUUGGGUUUUCCGUCCAAUUAUCAGACACGAACAUCACCACCAACAACAACAACGACAACGAGAGGGAGCAAGAGAAGGAGAAACUAAUGUAGAGCAAGAAGAACUACAGGUUCAAGAUCCGAAUCCGGAUCCGUCUAGUUCCGGUAUGAAUCUUGCGGCGGCAUUGGCGGCGGAGCGUCAGAUGAGAGGAUCGGAGGAAAGUAGCGGCGGCGAAAGAGGGACGCCGUGGAGAGUUUCGUUAAUGAAACUGUUGGAGGAAACGGAAGUGGAAAGUGAGAGUACGACGACGGUUAUGGAGGGGAGUGAUUCAGUGUGCUGCGUGUGCAUGGGAAGGAAGAAAGGUGCAGCGUUCAUACCGUGUGGACACACUUUUUGUAGAGUGUGUUCAAGGGAACUGUGGUUGAAUCGAGGGAACUGUCCCCUUUGUAAUCGUUCUAUUCUCGAGAUUCUAGACAUUUUCUGAAACUCAUUAUUACCCACUUUCCUUAUUCUCUAAUUUUCUUUUUUUUAAGAGGUGAUACUGUAUUUCAUUUAAGGUAAUAAUAGUGCAUGAUUGUUUUCAUUUUAUGAAUUGGCCAUCCA